CAUGUGCCAUCUCCGUAGUCCUUCCUAUAAAUAGGUCUCCUUGUCUUCGCACCAUCCACUUCAAACCUGUACCCUUCUUCGCUUUCUACUGCACUGCGGAUAUACUCGGAAUCUCUCUCUCUCUCUCUCUCUCGCUUCUGGCACGUUUCUAUCGUCCGUUUGAGCUUGCGGAGGAAGAGAACGAAUUUGAACGCGGGAAAUGUCGAAGGAGGGAUCUAUUGAAGUUACUGGCCCUGUUCGUCGAGUUCUUCUCAUCUCUGCUGGUGCUAGUCACUCCGUCGCGCUUCUCUCUGGAAGCAUUGUUUGUUCUUGGGGACGAGGAGAAGAUGGACAGUUAGGUCAUGGGGAUGCUGAAGAUAGAUUUUCGCCUACUCAAUUGAGUGCAUUGGAUGACCGUGAAAUAGUAUCUGUUACUUGUGGAGCUGAUCAUACAAUUUCAUAUUCUCUGUCACAUCUGGAAGUUUAUAGUUGGGGAUGGGGUGACUUUGGGAGGUUGGGCCAUGGAAACUCCAGUGACUUGUUCACUCCUCAGCCAAUCAAAGCAUUAAAUGGUAUAAAAAUAAAGCAAAUCGCUUGUGGUGACAGCCAUUGCUUGGCAGUGACUAUGGAAGGCGAGGUGCAGAGUUGGGGACGGAACCAAAAUGGUCAACUUGGUCUAGGCACCACAGAAGACUCUCUUGUCCCGCAGAAAAUUCAAGCAUUCCAGGGAGUCUCUAUCAAAAUGGUUGCUGCUGGUGCUGAACAUACUGCAGCUGUUACAGAAGCUGGAGAGCUAUAUGGAUGGGGCUGGGGCCGAUAUGGAAACUUGGGCUUAGGCGAUAGAAAUGAUCGCUUGGUUCCUGAGAAAGCUUCUGCUGUUGAUGGUGUGAAGAUGGUUAUGGUAGCUUGUGGAUGGCGGCAUACAAUAUCUGUUUCCUCAUUGGGUAAAUUAUACACUUAUGGCUGGAGCAAAUAUGGUCAACUAGGACAUGGGGAUUAUGAAGAUCAUCUUGUUCCUCACAAGCUAGAAGCCUUGCGUGAUACUUAUAUUUCUCAGGUAUCGGGUGGUUGGAGGCAUUCUAUGGCACUUGCAUCUGAUGGAAAACUUUAUGGCUGGGGUUGGAAUAAGUUUGGACAGGUUGGAGUUGGUGACAAUGUUGAUCAUUUCUCUCCUGUGCAAGUAAAAUUUCCCCAUGAACAGAGAGUAAUUCAAAUCUCUUGUGGAUGGAGGCAUACACUUGCUCUUACUGAAGGGCAAAAUGUAUUUUCUUGGGGAAGAGGUACCAAUGGACAGCUUGGGCACCAGGAAUCUGUUGACCGGAACCUUCCAAAGAUCGUAGAGGCUUUGAGUGUUGAUGGAUCUAUUGGACAACAUAUAGAAUCCUCCAAAGCUGAUCCAUCAUCAGGCAAAACGUGGAUCUCCCCAUCAGUAAGAUAUGCAGUUGUUCCUGGUGAAACUGUCCAAGUGGAAAUAGCCGUUCCAGUCCGGGGUAAUGGGAGUGAUGCUAAUGUUCCUGAAAAACUGAUGUGAAACGGAAAUUCACCAUACUGUGAACGAGGCCAUGUGUCAUGCGCGAGACAAAAAUCCUAGUCUUUAGGGAUGUCUGAAGAUGAAGGGCCGGGUCAGCUGAUAAUAGGCCUUGUAGUUGUUUAUUUUGUUAUUUCAGUCAAGUCUGUUUAGUGUAGUGGGCCACGUCCAGGGUAUUAGUUGUUAUGGGUCAUGCACGUUUAUUAUGGUUAGUUAUUAAAAUAGAGUCUUGUAAUCCGUUGAGUCUGUGGGUCAUUGUUGACCAAGUCUAUCUGUAGUGUUUAUAAAUGAUUUGCAGUUAUCAGUAAUGAAAUUAAUUUAGUUUCUACAAUCAAAGUGUUAUAAGUUGGAGGUCCA